AUGGUCGCAUUGCUCGAAAUAAGAACCAGUGAGGAUAACGUUGACAAAAUUAUUCUAAAUUUAGACUAUCCAAAUUUGUUUCAAGUGGAGGCUUCAGGAUUUAGUGGAGGAAUUUGGAUACUGUGGGAAGAUACAAUACAAGUGGAGAUAAUAAAAAUCUCGUCACAGUUUGUACACGGUCGAGCAAGAGAGGAAGGAACAUCGCAAUGGGUUUUCUUCACAGCAGUAUAUGCCAGCCCAAAUAUAUCCAAACACAUCGAGGUAUGGGAAUUACUUUCAAAUCUGAAUACAGGAAAUAACGAAGCUUGGUUAUCGGGCGAAGAUUUUAACGCUACCUUACGUCGAGAGGAAAGCACGGGAGGAGCAGUGCGAGGUCUUGGAGGAAGCAAACUUUUACAAGACUUUAUAUGCGAUUCAGAACUUAUGGAAGCAGAAUAUAAGGGGAGCGACUUCACAUGGAAAAGUGGAAAACUAUGGAACAGACUAGAUCGUUGCCUUUUCAAUAAAUGA